CCUUCCCUCUCUUUCUCUUUCCCUCUCACUUUCUCUCUCACUCUCAGUCAGUCAAUCAGAGCCAGAGCAGCCAGACGGACAGACAGACACACUGCCAGGACAGAAGUCACAUCAUCAUUUUUCAGGCCCAUCCAAAUUGGGCGUGAAGUUGGGCGAAAAGAAGAAGGAGCGCGUCAAUUUUUCUGUUCGCUGUUCACUCCACCACCACCUCCUGAAUGAAUCCCUGAAUGAAUCUUCAUUUACAAUAGGAACCCUGCCCCUCCCCCCACCCCCCCAGACUCAAAACGCAAACUAAGGCUGUCACCUCCCAUUUAAGAACCAUCCUCUUUAAGAACACUUCUCUUUCGUCACUUCCUCCUGAUCACAACCUCUGCCAUUUUCACCCCAUCAGAGGUGACCUCACCCCCACUACUGCCUCCCCCUUAAAAAUGGGCCUCUUCCCAACCCUGGUCCUCCUGCUCCUUCCUUGCCCCGCCCUCCUGACCCCACCCACAGGAAGCAGGCCCUCAGCGGCCCGCGGCCCUCCAGAAUCCUCAGAGACAGCCCCAAUCCAGUCCCCUCUGACCCCCCCAAAACCUGCCCCUGACCUCCCCUCCUCCGGCAAGCCCUCCCAGGAUGUCAAGCCAAGAGCCGCCAGGGAUGCAGGCCCCUCCCCCAACUGCACCCAGCAGCCAAUCAGAGUCCUGAUUUCAGAAACCAGCAUCCAGAAGGACACGUCUGGGAAGGGGGAAGGGGAUGGUCCCACCCUGGAGCUGGAGCCCGGAUCACCCCUGGUUCUGACCCACCGAAUCAGCCUGGUGCCGGCGCCGGGGGCCUGCGGGGGAGGGUGCGAGGCGCAGGUCGCCGCGUUGCGGGAGCGCGUGGAGCGGUUGGAGAGAGAGGUGUCUGCCCUGAGGGAGAAAUGCGGGGACACAGAGGGGGGCUGCUGCACCUCACAGCAGAGCACCGGUGUCCACUGCACCAUGCAGCCAGGGGAUUUGUGUCCGAAUGACUGCAGCGAUCAGGGCCGUUGCGAUCAGGGCAAAUGCAUCUGUUUCCCAGGAUUCAGUGGCCCGGAUUGCAGCUCCACCACCUGCCCGUCAAACUGCAACAACCGAGGCACCUGUGUGAAUGGCCAAUGCUUGUGCGAGACCGGCUUCACAGGUUCAGAUUGUUCCGAAAACUCCUGCCCCAAUAACUGCAAUAACAAGGGACAGUGUGUUAAUGGGCAGUGUGUGUGUGACAGUGGAUUUAUGGGGACCGACUGCUCUGCCAAAUCCUGUCCCAACAACUGUAAAAAUAACGGCAAGUGUGUGAAUGGCAAGUGUGUGUGUAACAGUGGAUUUACGGGGACCGACUGCUCUGCCAAAUCCUGUCCCAGUAACUGCAGUAACAGAGGUCGAUGUGUUAAUGGGCAGUGUGUGUGUGAUAGUGGAUUUAUGGGUACCGACUGCUCUGCCAAAUCCUGUCCCAACAACUGUAACAAUAACGGCAAGUGUGUGAAUGGCAAGUGUGUGUGUAACAGUGGAUUUACGGGGACCGACUGCUCUGCCAAAUCCUGUCCCAGUAACUGCAGUAACAGAGGUCGAUGUGUUAAUGGGCAGUGUGUGUGUGACAGUGGAUUUACAGGGGCCGACUGCUCUGCCAAAUCCUGUCCCAACAACUGUAACAAUAACGGCAAGUGCGUGAACGGAAAGUGUGUGUGUGACACUGGUUUUACUGGGACCGACUGUUCUGAAAAGUCAUGUCCCAACAACUGUAACAAUAACGGCAAGUGUGUAAAUGGCAAGUGUGUGUGUGACACUGGUUUUACUGGGACCGACUGUUCUGAAAAGUCAUGUCCCAACAACUGUAACAAUAACGGCAAGUGUGUGAAUGGCAAGUGUGUGUGUAACAGUGGAUUUACGGGGACCGACUGCUCUGCCAAAUCCUGUCCCAGUAACUGCAGUAACAGAGGUCGAUGUGUUAAUGGGCAGUGUGUGUGUAACAGUGGAUUUACAGGGGCCGACUGCUCUGCCAAAUCCUGUCCCAACAACUGCAACAAUAACGGCAAGUGCGUGAACGGCAAGUGUGUGUGUAACAAUGGAUUUAUGGGGACCGACUGCUCUGCCAAAUCCUGUCCCAACAAAUGCAGAAACAAAGGACAUUGUGUAAAUGGUCAAUGCAUUUGCAAUGAUGGAUUCACAGGUCCAGAUUGCUCUGAAAAAUCUUGUCCCAACAACUGCAGUGACAAUGGAAGGUGUAUAAAGGGCAAGUGUGUGUGCAACAGUGGAUUUACAGGGACCGACUGCUCCGAAAAGACCUGUCCCAACAAAUGCAGGAACAAAGGACAUUGUGUAAAUGGUCAGUGCAUUUGUAACGAUGGCUUCACAGGUCCAGAUUGUUCUGAAAAGUCCUGUCCCAACAACUGUAGUGACAAUGGAAGGUGUGUAAAGGGCAAGUGUGUGUGCAACAGUGGAUUUACAGGGACCGACUGCUCAAAAAAAUCUUGUCCCAACAACUGUAGGAACAGAGGACGUUGUGUUAACGGAGAGUGUGUGUGUGAUAGCGGAUUUACAGGCACUGACUGUUCCGAAAAAUCCUGUCCCAACAACUGCAAUAAUAAUGGCAGGUGUGAGAACGGCAAGUGUGUGUGUAACAGUGGAUUUACCGGGACAGACUGCUCUGCCAAAUCCUGUCCCAACCACUGCAGUGACCAGGGCAGGUGUGUGGAUGGUAAGUGUGUCUGCAAUAGCGGUUUCACAGGGCCAGACUGCUCCACCAAAUCCUGCCCCAGUGACUGCAGUGACCAGGGAAGGUGCGUGGACGGGAAGUGCGUGUGUGAACCGGGAUUUUCAGGGCAGGACUGCUCUGCUAAAUCCUGCCCCAACGACUGCAGCGACAAAGGACAGUGUGUGAACGGCAGGUGCGUCUGUCACCAUGGUUUCACAGGCCCUGACUGCAGCCAAUGUGAAGAAGGUUUUACAGGAGAGGACUGUAGUACAGCUCUCACUGGCGUGUCCCAGCUUGGUACCAGGAAUAUAACCGAUUCCUCCGUCACCAUGUUCUGGACCCCACCCUCCAUUCAGUAUGAUGUCUACUUCAUCACCUUCACCAGUAAGAAAGAGGGAAAUCAGAAGAUAACUUCUAAAGUUGGUGGGCGGCUCACCAGCUACACCCAGACCGGAUUGGCUGCCGGGCAGGAGUACGAUGUCUCCAUCAGGGGAGAGAAAGAUGGGAAGAUGGGUGCGGAAAGCACCACAGAGUUCAUGACCUUGAUUUCUGGACCCAAAAACCUCCGUGUUGUGAAGACAACUACCACAUCAGUUAUCGUCCAAUGGGAGCCUCCCUUGGCAGAUAUUGACAGGUAUCACCUCUCCAUCUCGGCCAGUCAGAGUGAAGGAGGGGAGCCAGGCAGGCAGGAAAUGACCCUACCACCCAAGAGAGACUCCGCCCACAUCACCGGUUUGGAGGCCGGCCGUUUGUAUGACAUCACUCUGGUGUCUGAGAAGGGGAUGAGCCAGAGCCAGCCAAUCAAAGUGGAGGCUAUACCUGCAGCCCGUCCCCUGCCUACAGGGAAAGCCACCAGCUUAGAUACUGAUGUGACCGUGGAAACCGUUACCGUGGCAGUAGGGUCGGAGGGGGGCGUGCCAGGGAAGACAAAACCAGGCGAGAAUGUGUUCUACAAGAAAACUGAGCAGGAGGAUGAGCACAAUGCCGAUGGGAUGAAGGUGUGGAGAGGCCAUUUAGAAAGAGACAGGGAAGGAGACAGCGACAGAACCGAGGCGGACCUGCGCCCCAUGAGAACUGGUUCCGCAAAUCCGCAGGACAAACGCGAAGACGGGGCCAGGCCCAAACUGCCAGGGGGACCACUCGUGGCCAAAAAAACCAAGGUUCCGGGUUGGGCACAUUUAAACGGCACCAGGCCAGUUCAGGGCAAGGCUUGGCAGAGGCAGCCAGGAAUCAAACGUCCAGUGUUCGGAGCAAAGAAGAUUAUUCACACAGCUGGACCAAAACCCAGACAACCCACCCUCAUCACACAUGGGGCAACCUUACAGACUGAUGCGGGGAAGAGACCCCUGGAGGAAUUAAAUGUACCUGAAGUCGGAACCGACCAUACCUUACACAAUUCUCAGGGAAGGGGUGGGAACCAAACACCCUCAAACCAAUCACCAGUUGGCUCUGAAAGUCAUGCAAAUCCUGAGAUAGGCAGAGAAACUGGAGCAAGGAAAGAGGCUGUGAAGCAGACAACUAUGCCUAGGGGAAAUAUCCCCCACAUCAACAUUAAUAAGAAGGUGAAGGUGGGAUACAGGAGAGUGAAUGGUACUGUUUGGAUGUUGGGAAAAAAACCAGGGUCUGAGGGUGGAGCCAGAGGAGCGGGGCACAGGGAAGGGGAUGAGGCGGGGGUGGGUGCAGCCAGUGGACUUGAGAGAGGCGACCAUGCGGUUGGGAGUGACAUUAACAUCACGACAGACAUGGCUGGUUCAGACUCGAGGAAAAAAGGCAGGGAUGAUCAUGAACCUCAAGGAGAACCAUUAGUCAAUGGCAGGGCACAGGGGCAAAUGCAGAUCACCCAGACCAAAGAGUCUUCUGAGCAGCAGGAAGCUAAGGACAAACAGCAGGAAGCCAAGGACAAGCAGCAAACCCCACUCUCUGCCCUACCCACAGCUUCUUCUCCAUCCCUUCUCCCAGCAUCAAGACUGUCUGAGGACGAAAGCCAAAUCAAUCUGCCUGACCAAACUGGAAUAGCAAACUCCCAGGAAGGGUCCAAACAAUCCCUGGCCCCGCCCAGUCAUACCACAGGUCCCAGUACCCCUAAAAGCCAAUCAGAGAGUGAUUCACAGGUAUAUUCCAGAAAUCCAGAAGACAAAGGGGGUUCCCUGGAGAGUGUGUCCAUGAAGACUGAUACAGGCACAGACCCUGAUGGACCUCGAGAUUCACAUUCUGCAAACCAAGGGCUGGAAGACAAAGGGGGCUCGCUGAAGAAUGUGCCCAUGACGACUGGUACAGACACAGACCUUGAUGGAACUGCAGAUCAACAUUCUGGAAGCUUAAGGGAGGAGGACAAAGGGGGCUCCCUGGAGACUGUAUCCCUGACAACCAAAGCUGACAUGACCCAUGAGAGUGCAAUCCCUAAUGGACUGAUGGAUUCCAGCGGGGAUGAGGGGAAGAAUGGGGUGGAGGGAGGGGGGAUAACAGGGAGAGAGGGGAAAGAGGGAGGUCCACUGAGGCCAGGGCACCCUCAUCUUAGGACCCCUCCCCUUCGCCGUCCUCAUAUAGGUCCAUUCCUCAACAGGACCCGGCCAAACCAGGGUGCACCCCGUCGUCCAAACCAGGGUGGACCCCGUCCCCCAAACCAGGGUGCACCCCGUCCCCCAAACCAGGGUGCACCCCGUCACCCAAACCAGAGAGUACUCCGUCCUCAAAGCCAGGGUGCACCCCAUCACCCAUCCCAAGGUCAGUACCACAGACCCAGGGCGCCCAAUGACCUCCACAGACAACAAGGUGGUUACAGUCCAGAAAAUACAAACAGUACAGAAACCAGAGUGAGCCCCAGUGAACCAGCCCUCAGAAACAACAGCUCCAAAGUUAAAGCAAGGCAGCAAGGUUAUUCCAAAAUAGGCCGCAACAUCACCUCCACCCAGGUACGCCCAAACCCAAACACGAGCCCCACUAAAUGGGUCGGCUUCAGAAAGGCGGUCAUUUAUUCCCCGGUUGGCACAGGCGUCCAAAAGAAUGAAACAGAUCUGGGGGGCAGUGCUCCAAGAACGGGCCCAGGCUUCACAUCUAUUGAGGCACAGAACGUCACCUCUAGGGGGUUUGUCCUUAUCUGGGAGGUAACAUCUGGAAUCUACCAGAACUUCACUGUGAUCCGCAGGGAGUAUGGAGGUAAGGGCGGGACCCAGAGGGAGAAAGAGGGGGAGAGAAAGGAGGAGGAAGAUGAGGAAGAGGAUCAAGUGGUGGAUGAAGGCAGACUAGGUAAAGAUCAGGGCAGGACUGAAGAUGGAAGCAGGAGUGAAACCCACUUCCCUGCCAGACCACACGAGAAGACCCCAAAAUUCACCCAGGUCCUCCCAGGCUCUGCCCGUUCCCUCCUGUUCCAGGACCUCGCCCCGCAGACUAACUACUCCCUGAUGCUGUCCGGUACAGGGCCUGGGUUUCGGUCCAAAAUCCACCAGUUUACAGUCAGCACAGGCCCUGAGCCACCCUCUGACCUCUCCUUCAGCAACGUGACCGAGUCCUCUCUCAUCGUCUCCUGGGCCAAGCCUAAGAGCCCCGUGUCUGGCUUCAAGGUCACGUACACAAACACCAGAGAAGGGGAGCCCAUCUCUGUGGCCGUGGACUCCAAGAAUUCCACUGUGCCUCUCUCUCAACUCUCCCCUGGCUCCACCUAUGAGGUCAGUGUGAUUUCCCUGCUGGGAUUGGACGAGAGUGACCCAGUCAAAGGCCUUGUUGUCACACUUCCUGACCCACCCACGGAUCUCCGCGCCAUCAAUGUCAGCCACAACAAAGCCCUGUUGCUCUGGAGACCGGCCCUAGCAACCGUGGACAGCUACAUCAUUGUUUAUGGUUCAGAACAGGCUGCGGAUGUGAGAAUCAAAGUAUCAGGUAACGCUGCAGAGCACCAGCUGAAGGGCCUGCGGGGCGCCACGCAGUACAGCGUCACCGUCGCCAGCCAGCUGGGCGGCCAACAGAGCGCCGGGACCUCCACCGUCUUUACUACUGUGGAAGGAACCGAUGAGAGAGGGGGGGAGGGCCCACGCAAGCUGACAGCCAAUAACGUGACCCCGCGCUCGGCUGUGCUGUCUUGGAAACCACCCUCCGUGGCAGUGACUGGCUACAAACUGACCUAUCAGACGGCAGGGGAGGAGGCGAAGGAAGUGACCCUUGACCCCAGCGUGACCCAGUACAAGCUGACCAGACUGUCUCCAAAGUCGAAGUACACAGUUCACCUGCGGGGAGAGAGGCGGGGUCAGUACACUUCACCCAGCUCAACGGAGUUCACCACUGGUACGUUGCGGUUCCCCUUCCCCUCAGACUGUUCCCAGGAGCUGCUGAACGGGGUGCAGGAGUCGGGGGAGGCGGAGAUCUUCCUCGCGGGGAAGCGCGGGGGGGCCGUGCCGGUCUACUGCGACAUGGAGACGGACGGGGGCGGCUGGACGGUCUUUCAGAGGAGAGUGGAUGGCAGGACAAACUUCUUCAGGAGCUGGAAGGAGUACAGUGCGGGCUUUGGAAGUCUUUCCGGAGAGUUCUGGCUCGGCAACGAGCUUCUUCACAACCUGACCAGCAAGGUUCCCAUGGCAAUGCGGGUGGACCUGCGGGUGGGGGCGGAGUUAGCCUUCGCGCAGUAUUCCUCCUUCUCCGUGGACACGCAGAGGCGGUACUACGCCAUCAGGGUGUCUGGAUACUCCGGCACUGCCGGGGACUCCAUGGCAUAUCACGACCAGCGCCCGUUCUCCACGUGGGACCGCGACCCCAACCCCUUCAUUACUCGCUGCUCCAUGUCCUACAGGGGGGGGUGGUGGUACAAGAACUGCCAUGAGGCCAACCUCAACGGCCUGUACGACACCCACACCAACCACCAGGGGGUGAUCUGGACCAGCUGGAAGGGCAAAGACUUCUCCAUCCCCUUCGCCGAAAUGAAGAUCCGCCCGGCCUCCUUCACACCCCCUGCUCAGGGCUAGAAGGGAGGGAGGGAGAGAGAGAGAGAGAGAGAGGGAGGAAGAGAGAGAGUACAUGCACACAGACACGAUGAGGUGAAAAGAAAGGGAGUGACUAAAGAAAGGGAAAAGGGAGAGAAUAAGAAAAUGGUGUUCCUCGAUGAAAGAAUGAGGAUCAACCAAAGAAAGUCAAAAGUGCAGAAUUUCCCUACUGAGGCCCAGUAUUGAAAAUACUUUGAACUCUUUGUAGGGACUAGUAACACUCCUGUACGUUACUUGACAAUUUUAAAAACAAAACAAACAAAAAAACAAAAAAAAAAAACAAUCGUCCACUUUAACCUUCAACAGUCACGAAAAAGUAACCAUUUCAUUUUAUGUGUGCAUUUUGGCUUUGUAUCACUGAAAAUUCUCAGGAAUAUGUGGGAGUGCUUUUUUUUAAGUUUUACCAGGCCCAGGCGAGUUAAUAUGUUUCAAACACAUACUUGACCCUGCUCUGGGCUGACCAGUAUUUCAGUGGACUGUGCAAGGUAUAGCCAGACACAAAUACCUGCUUUUAUGCUUAAAACGACUAUACCAGAGUUCUCCGGUCUGCCCAGAGCCAUAUUAUAUUAUACUGGACCGAGUUUCAGUUGGAAAGGGGUUGAAGUUAGGGGGAACGCUAAAAUGAGUUAGAAUUUAUUGCGGGGGAUGUUGGGGGAGGGGUUUCGUAUUUCAAAAUGCUCCCAUUGGCCAGCGGUGCAAUAUUGGAAAAUCAAAACAGUGCCUGAAUAUUUCGAAGUGGAUGGAUCUGUAUUUUUUUCAUUCGUCAUGUAUGGGAGCUGGACUUAUAUUGUAACAAUAAGAUUGCAAUAAACCACCACAUAGUUACAAAAUUAUAUAAGUAAAUGUAGAUAUGUUAAAUGUUUUUAUAACACUUUGAUAUAUGCGUAUCUGUUGGUUUUUUUAAUGGUCUAAAAGAUGUAUUAUUGUGACUAAGUGUCAUUUUGUCAAAUGUAAUUUAAUUUUAAUUUUUUAUUUUUACAUGUAAAUGUUUUUUGCUAUGCGAUACCGGAAGGAAUGGGUGGUUAUUUUGUGCCUCGCGUUACCAAACCAUAAUAUUUUUUUCCUCAAAUAUUCAUCUCCAUCACAAGAAAAUAUUCAUUAUUAAGAGUAUAUCUAUCUAACCAAUAGUACCGACACGGAAAUUAUCUUAACAUCUAUAAUCAUUAUUAACAGUGAGAAAUCUGUAAAAACAUGAAACGGUACGUCCAGCUUCAUUACAGUAAUCACAAGAUAGAUUCACAAUAUGUCAAUAAAAUGGUGUCAUCUUUC